UUAGCGCCCUCUGGAUUGUGUUUGUAAACAAACCUGCGUGACCUACUUUUGAAAUCUGACAGAAAACAUCUUUUGCUGCCAGUAUGAAUAGAUUUUUGAUUUCAACCUGUAACCAUGGCUCUAAGUUCCAUCACCUGUAAUGGUGUGUAUGAAGAGUUAAACCCAAAAGGAGAAACCUUACGGAAGCUUACACACAAAAACGUGACCUUAUCUCUAGGCAGAAAUGAAUUCAGAGAUGUAGUCCUUUGUAUCAAUUUCCCGAACAAGCGUGAAAUGAAAUAUACACUUAGAGAGAUUCAGGUCCACAAAAUGUUUGCAAAAGACGGAAAAGCUACUAUCAAAUUGCCUGCGGAGAAUGCUCAAGUUAUGAUCUCAAAUUGUGCACCAGAUAAACUGAUCAUGUUCCUGAAGACGAUGUCAACUAAACUGGAGUGCUUGCGGAAACAAGGUUUUGUCAGUGAUCGUUUGAAGUGGAAGUCUGACCUUCCCAGAACAUUUGAAGAAAUUAGUCCUCUUACCAUGCGUGAUUUAAAGGAAGCCAAUGAGUUGAAAGCAAAAGCAGCUGAGAAGCUUGAAGACUGCACUCCUAAAGGGAAGAGGAAGAGAGUGGUUGGUGACGAUAAGGAGAACGAGCAGCCUGCAGGAGCCAAACUGGCGAGGAAACUUAUCAGCACAGAUGAUAAAGGAACUGUUGGUUUGAGAGACUCUGCAAGCCUGCUAACUGUGAUCGAAAACCCAGUGAAGCUAAACAAGGAGCAGAACGCAGUGCUGGAGGCAGUCAAGGGUGGACGCAACAUCUUCUUCACAGGCAGUGCUGGGACAGGGAAAUCCUUCCUGUUAAGGAGGAUCAUUGGUUCCCUUGCUCCUCAGCAUACCUACCCCACCGCCAGCACAGGAGUGGCUGCCUGUCACAUAGGGGGGACAACUCUGCAUCAGUUUGCAGGUAUAGGCUCAGGAGCCGGUACCCUGGAGCAGUGUAUUGAGCUGGCCUCACGCCCCCAGGUCGCCCAACAGUGGCGCCGGUGUAACCACCUGAUCAUAGAUGAGAUUUCAAUGGUCGACGGGGACUUCUUUGAUAAACUGGAAACUGUGGCAAGAGUGAUCAAGAAGAGUGAUAAGCCCUUUGGAGGUAUUCAGCUGAUCAUCUGCGGGGACUUCCUCCAGCUGCCACCUGUAGUGAAAGGAGAGGAAAAAAGGAAAUUCUGUUUCCAAUCUAAAUCAUGGCGCAAGUGCAUUGACAUUACUAUGGAGUUGACCGAUGUACGCAGACAGUCAGACAAAACCUUCAUCGACAUCCUGCAGAACAUACGCCUAGGAAAGUGUCCAGAUUACGUGUACUCAACCCUUCGAGGGACUGCCCAGCACAAUAUUCAGCAGCAUGGCAUCCUAGCAACGCAGCUGUGCACUCACAAAGAAGACGUCAACCAGAUCAAUAACUUCCAACUGAAGAAGCUCACAGGUCCAUCCCAUGUGUACGAGGCCACUGACAGUGACGAGGUUUACCUCAAGCAGAUCAACUACCUCUCUCCCGUCCCUGCCAGCCUGAGUCUCACUGUUGGGGCGCAGGUCAUGUUGGCCAAGAACGUCGAUGUUACCCAGGGGCUAGUGAACGGGGCUCGAGGGGUCGUCACUGGCUUCGAGAAAGGGGAAGGAGGUUGCCCAAUAGUGAAGUUCUUAUGUGGCCUAGAGGUGCCAGUGAAGCCAACUCGGUGGACUUUCAAAAUCUCUGGUGGGGUGUUCCUGACGCGAAGGCAGAUCCCCCUCAAACUGGCAUGGGCAAUCUCCAUUCACAAGAGUCAGGGUAUGACACUGGACUGCGUUGAGAUCUCCCUAUCAAAGGUAUUUGAGUCAGGCCAGACUUACGUUGCCCUGUCCCGGGCAAAGAAUCUGGAGGGUCUGAGGGUGUUAGACUUUGAUCGUAAGUGUGUGAGAGCUGACCCUGAUGUGUUGAAGUUUUACCACAAGAUGCAGCUGAAGCAGAAAAUGAUGUCGGGAGCUGUUGAGUUAGAAUCUGAUGCUAAACGACCUAAACAUUGGUGAUAGUGUCAUUAAGAUUAUAUUUUAUAUAGUGUAAAAUGGGUCAAAAUUAAAGGAUCAGGGGUGGUAUUCCAGAAACAUCUUAAGUCAUUUCUUAAAUAAUUUCACUUAAGUUCAAAAUUACAAUGUUUUGUAUUUCUUUACUCAAUAAGGAAACACAUUUUUUGGUAUUCCUAAAAUAACAUUGGCAUAAUUAUGUUAUUAAAAUGUUUAUCUUGAUGCUUAUCAAUUGACAUAUGAAAUGAAACACUGAAGAAAAUUUCCCAAUUUAAGGAUAAGAAUAAAAUUUAACUUAAGAUGCUUCUGGAAUACGACUCCUGAAAUCCAUUAUCUUGACUAAUAAAACCAGUGGUUGGAAUUGUACACUUUGGUUUGAGUUCCAUUCAAUUUGUAUAGUUGUUAUUAGGAUCUCCACAUCUGUGAGAACAAAACACACACACAAUGCUUACUGAGUUUUAUGCACUAAAUACUUGCGGCAUGCAAAUGUUAAAAAUCAAUUUGCUUUGUAAUUUUAAAUGCAUUAUCUUCAAUUAUAACCUCAGAUUAGUGUUUUUUCCCUAAAAAUUGGCUCAUUUUCAUAGAUAUGGGCUGUACAAAUGGGGUUUAACUCUUUCAGUGCGGGAACCGAAUUUUGAAGGCCUGUGCAAACAGUUUGUAUCCAGAUGAGACGCCACAGAACGUGGCGUCUCAUCAGGAUCCAAACUGUUUGCUAUUCUGAUAGUAUUCUUUGAAAAAAUUCUAAGAAAAUGCUAUUUUUAGAAAUUAAGCAGACGACAUUUUAGCAGACUACAAAUUUCCCAGCAUGCAAAGGGUUAAUGCAUGUGCAUAAAUUGCAGUCGACACAGGCUAAUCUGAUAUGACACUUUACGCUCAUGAAUUAAACCCCCUUUUCACAGAGCAUGGCUCAUAAUGUAUUUUGUUGCAUACCAAUACCAGAUAGUCUUUCAAACCAUUGAGUUGUGAUCAAUUAAAAGAAUCCUCAUUUUUUACUGAUGUAUAUUAUUUUAGGAGUGAUUUAUGUUAGUGUCUGUAGUAUUUGUUCGUCUCAAUCUAUUCACCAGUAUUGUAAUCUGAUCUCACUUGUGAAAUUUGUUCAUAUGACAGAAAGAAUUCAGUCUGCAAUAUUGCUGUUUACCUGUGCAAUAAAUGUUUUGUACCAUGCAGGCAUAGCUCCUUGAUUUUAGAAUGUACAAAAUAUUUUUUCAUCUCGUAUAAAUCAUUUUAUUGUCAAUUAAAUGUGUAAAACGUUGACAAGACAAUAAAUGGUUCUUGAACUAUGCCAUAUUCCUGGUGUUAUAGAAAAAUUGAUGAUUAUAUCUGUGAAAAUGUCAUUUUUAGUGUUCAUAGAUUAUUACUUCUAACUGAAAAAAGCUUUUGAAAAUUACUCCAUAUAUUAAUUUUAUCAAUAUUAAGAAUGACAUGAAUUGAAAUUAUUUAAGUACAUUUGAUAACAUUUUAUAAAUGCACUUUCAUACAUGCACAUUCUAUUUAAGCUUUUAUUUCUGGUUUGUUUUGAAAAUAAAUUUUGGAAAAAUUCUCUUCACCAACUAAUAAAGUAAACCUUUAUGACAAUGUCAUAAUGCAUGUUUUAAGUUAGAUUGUUUAAAAGCCCACACUUUAUUGAGAUUUGAAGAAAUGCAGUAUAAACUUGAACUUCUUAAAGAAAAGAAUUAAAACAUUCUGCAACAGUAGGUUCGGAUUUGGCAUGAAGCAAAUGGAAAUUUAGACACUUGUUUUUUAAAACCUCAUUGUUGUUUUAAAAUGCAGGAAUAUUUUUAAGAAAGUCUUAUCAGUCUUUUAUCUUAUUGCUAUUAUUUUAAGUUGUGUCCAUUAUGCUGCUAAAAUAUGGUAUAAACUUGUGCAUUUAUGCAUUACCUGAAAUUAGUAUGUUAUGACUAUUUACAUAGACUUCAAUUCAAGCUGUUGUGAUGGUCAUUUUUAUGCCCCCGAAGGAGGGCAAAUAGUGAUCGAACCGUCCGUUUGUCCUUCCGUCACAUUUUGCAUUUAGGUUUCGAAAAAUGCUCAUAACUUCUAUGUCCCUUCACAGGAAGGGACAUAGCAACUUGAUAUUUAGCUGCAUGUGUAUCUUAUGGAGCUGCACGUUUUGGGUGGUGAAAGAUCAAGGUCAUCCUUCAAGGUCAAAGGUAAAAAACAUGUAUCAAAGCUGCGCAGUAGGGGGCAUUGUGUUUCUGACAAACACAUCUCUUGUUCAUUUUAUAAUCAUAUCAUUACACACCCAAAUAAUGCUCAUUUAAUUGUUCUUUCUGAAUCAAGCAACAUUUUUAUUAUCUAAAACAGGCUGAGACAACUAAUAGAUUAGAUUUUCAGUUUAAGUUCCUUAUACGUAAUACUGGUUGUUUAUGUUUGGUAUCCGGAGAAGUGCCCCCCCGGAGAACUGCCCCCUUAUUUUAAAGGUGGCGGAGAGGUGCCCCCCCAUCAAAUCGGUAGGGGCGGAGAACUGCCCCCCUGUCAGAAUUUAGUAGGCGGAUAUCUUCCCCCCCAUCAAAUCUGUAGGGGCGGAGAACUGCCCCCCGGUGUCAUAUUAGUUAUUAGUUACGUAGUGAAAACAAUACUUACGGGUAAUUUUACGUUAUCGCCGUACACAUUUUAUCCGGUAACAAUUUAAUUUAAGUACAAGUAUAUUACCAUUUAUCGAACUGAAUAACACAAAUUGUCUAGAGGCAUGUGAUAAUACUGUUUAAGGCCCUUGGUACGCAUCUGCACCACUCACUAUACAUGAAUGCCUUGUAAAAGUCGUGUUUUAAUAAGAGCGCGAAACAUAGUCGAGAUCCACACAGGAAACGCGUGCGUGUUAAUACUGGCAAUGUGUUGCAACUAAAUAUAGACGUGCAACUCGGUACUUAUGGAGGAAAAGUUACAUCGGAAUUAAUUUACAUUAUAAAGAUAGUAUUGACCCAUGGAAAAAAGUUAAUUGACAUAUAAAAAAGUAAAUUAAUAGGCAAGGCAAAGGCAAUAAUUUAGCUGACUUGAAGAAAAAAGUGAAGUGAAGUCGAAUUUAUAAGCAAUUUAUUUAUGUUGUUUAGUUAAUUCAUGUCUUCUAGCACCUUAUCCGUCGGUAGCAUCGCCAGACCGUCGAGUCGUCCGCAGUUUGCAUUUUGAGCAGAUCAUGUCGACAUGCCAAACAAACAAAAUCGGUAACAGUUGCUUUAAUUAGCAGCUAAUAAGGCAGGCAGAGAACUUGUUACCGUUAACGAUAAGUACCGCGAUCUUUUAAUCUUUUAAUUGGUAGACCGGACCGACCUUAAUUGUUAAGAACUUGUUAGCUUUGAAUAAAGCCGCAUACGGGUUUAAUAUAUUGAACCGUCCAAAUCCGUAAUUGGCGAAAACAAACAAAUAAAUUAUUGUUUUCAGCUGGCAUAAGGAUGGAUUAAAUUGCAUGCUAAUUGUUUGUUUUUAUUACGGGGAAAAUAUCAAAUAAUUCAGCCGCGAAAACGUUUUAUUAGCAAAAAGUUAUUUGUUUUUCUUUGUUCACAUUGACGAAAAUCACGUGAUUAUAAAGUUGGCGACGUGACGACGUCCAUGCCGAGGUAGGUAUUUUAUGCCGUUUUAUAACUUUUAUUACUUGUACAACUUUAUAUUACUUUUGAAAUUUCACUCAAUUUCCAUACAUAAUAGCAAGAAAGUUACUGGCGUUAUUGUCAUUAUAAUACUCGCUUUAUAUAUCACCGCUAUUUCUUUAAUUAGGGGGCACUUCUCCGGGUCAUCAAUUCUGACAGGGGGGCAGUUCUCCGCCCCUUAUUAAUCAGCAGGGGGGCAGUUCUCCGCCCUAUACAAAAACAGUGAGGGGGCAGUUCUCCGCCCAGUGAAAAAUCUUUGGGGGGGCAGUUCUCCGGGGGGGCACUUCUCCUAGAGCCUUUAUGUUUUAUUGUAUUGGAUUGCACACAAAAACUCUUAACUUUUAUUUUCUCUUAUUUGAACUACUUUUGGUAAGCACAUACUAGCAAUAUUUUAUCAAAUAUUGGGACAAUUGUUUAAGUUGCAUUUAUGUAUAUAUUCAUCAUCAACUUUAACCACAAAAAGGGAAGUGUAUAUAUGUAUCAGCAUUUAUUUAUUUAAGUAUCAAGUUUGUUAUAAUAUGACAUGUC